AUGGCAACCCUGCGCAUUGCAGAAUGGUCUGUCGCCCUCUCAUACAGCGACCUCCCCAGCUCGGUGGUGGAUGCGGCCGUCCGCUCCUUCUACAACUGGCUUGGCUGUGCGUUGGGCGGAUCAAAUCACCCUACCACGACGACUGCGGUGAAAGCUCUAUCCCCGUUCUUUGGGAAGGAGACGUCCAGCUUAUUGGGCGGUCAGUCGACGGGGAGUGGUGCAGGGAAAGCAGACGCCAGUCACUCGGCAUUGAUUAAUGGCAUCGCGAGCCAUGUGCACGACUAUGAUGAUACGCAUCUAGAGACGAUCAUCCACCCGACGGGGCCGGUGGCGAGUGCGUUGCUUGCGCAGGCCGAGGCACUGACAGCACAAGGGAUGACGGUGUUGGGAGACGACUUCUUGCUCGCGCUGGUGGUGGGCAUUGAGGCUGAGUGUAAACUCGGGUUGGCGGUAUGGCCGAAGCACUACGAUGUGGGAUGGCACAUCACGUCAACAACCGGUGCUAUUGGCGCUGCCGUCGCGGCCAGUAAACUCCUCUCCCUAUCUGCAGAGCAGACAGCACACGCCAUCGGGAUAGCGUCGACCCAAGUCACCGGCCUGCGCGAAAUGUUUGGAUCGGACACGAAAUCCUUUCAUGUAGGACGGUCGGCUCAGAAUGGGUUGUUAGCAGCCAUAUUGGCCUCUCAGCGAUUUACGUCCUCGACGUCAGCCUUGGAGGCUAAGAGGGGUUGGGUCAACGUCGUUGGACAGGGGAUCAAUCGGUUAGACGAAUUUGUGGGAAGUCUAGGGAAGGUAUGGGAAAUCGAGAAGAACGCAUUUAAGCCGUUUCCGUGCGGGAUUGUGGUGCAUCCGGUCAUUGAUGGGUGUAUCCAGCUGCACAAGGAGAUGGAAGAGAAGGAAUUGGAUAUGCAAGGGAUUAAGAGCGUGAAAUGUAGAGUCCAUCCUCUGGUGUUGGAAUUGACCGGCAAGAAAACUCCACAGGACGGCUUACAAGCCAAGUUCAGUGUAUAUCAUGGUGGCGCGGUGGGGCUGGUGCUGGGGAAAGCUGGACCGGCCCAGUACGCGGACGAAGUUGUGAGGAGUAACGAGAUUGUCUCGAUCAGGGAUAGAAUCGACGCGACGGCUGGCGAGAAGUUGGGUGCUGACGAGACGGAGAUUGUGGUCGAAUUUCAGGACGGCAAGGAGCUGAAGAAGCACGUCAAGCAUGCGAUUGGGAGUCUCGAGGUCCCAAUGACGGACGAGCAACUGCAGGAGAAGUUCCUCGACCAAGUGAGUCUGGUGCUUGGGGACGGUGCGAAGAAGGCGAGUGACAUUGCUUGGAGUUUGAAGGGUGUCGGCGAUGUUGCUACACUGGUAAAAACUUUGUGA